AUGGAUAGUCCAUUGGUAUCACCAGCUAAGGCCCGCCAGGCUGCCAUUCAAGCCAAAGAUUGGGCCUACGUCAACUCUUGGCUCAACCGACAAUACGCACCCAAACCAGUACCCCAAUUCGAGCGCAAUGAAGAUACGCUCCGUGUACUCCUGAGUUUGGCUGCAGCCAAUGAUUCUGCUGAUGAAGAAGCUUCUCUUCAACAACGCGCGCGCGAAGAAGCGGUUCAUGCCUACAAAGUACGAGAAGAGUUCGAACGCAAAGAUCCACACGAGAAACAGAAGAAUCAACUCUUGAACGAAGUGGAAAUGUGCCUCGAUGACAAGGGAAGAAGAGACCUGGAAGACCUGGCGGGAUCUGCUGCAGCUUUGGGCAACACUCUGGAUCCGAACCUGGGGGAUCUGGGGCAGUCAAUUGUGGAGCUCACGGUGGAGGAGUUCGAAGCCCAGGAACAAAUGAACAAGGUCGACACUUUACAUCGAUAUCUUCAGCAGGAGCUUGCACGGCUACAGGCAGAGCUUGAGGAGCUGAAGACGGACACGGCAUAUGAGAUACCUUCUGAUACGCAACGGUUGACGUCCGAGUGGAUACGCGGGACGAAGACGCUUGGGAUUAAGGUUGGGGAGUAUCAGGAUCGCAUCGCCUCGCUCGAACGAGUUCAGCCUCGGGGACCAACUAUCGAUGAGCUUAUGGCCGAAGAGGAGAGUGUUAUCCGGCUGCGGGAAACGGUCAAGUCACUCCAGAGCCGGGUCAAGGCGUUCCAUGAUCUCCCCAAGGAUGUCUCAGGUGCACGAGCAAAAUACAAAGAGCUAGAGCGAGAGCUUGGACAGCUUACGCGGCAGCGAGAUUCGCGAUUCGUUGUUUCGCAGGCUAGUUGA